GUUUUUCAUUUUGAAUUGUUUGCCGUUAAUCUGUCAUGUUGAAUAAACUGAACUAAACGUCUUCACAGUUCAUUAACCCGCUGUUUGAGACUGUUUAAGACUCAGGGUUCAAAGCUAGUGGGCUAAUUAGCAUGUAGCUGCUAAACAAUAACGUUAUACUGCAGCAGCAGGAGACGAUUCAUCGCAACAAGAGGCCGGUGACGUGAAGAUGCUGCGCAGGAAACCCACGCGCCUGGAGCUCAAGCUGGAUGACACAGAGGAGUUUGAAAGUGUCAAGAAAGAGCUGGAGAGUCGAAAGAAACAGAGGGAAGAGGUGGAUGUAGUUGGUGUCGCCACAUCCAGCGAGAUGAGCGGAGCAUCAGGUGGCGGCACGGACGGGAAGACCAGGGAGCAGAUGAUCCACGAGCGAAUCGGUUACAAACCCCACCCAAAGCCCAACACUUUGCCAUCACUUUUUGGGAACCUUCAGUUUUGACAAUUUGCAGACAUGAAAAAUGGACUAUAAGGUCUUGAGACUCUGCAUCACACACAUACAUAUACACACAAAGCUAUUUGGUUAAAUGUGUGUUUGUGACAACCGAUUACAAAGGACUAUUUUUCUACUGAGUAAAUAAAAUCUUGUUAAUUGGA